AUGUGGAGAUCUUAUCUUGUUUUUCUCUUCUUUAUGACACCAAGGAUACAAACAUAUUGUCCUGUACCGGUACUAAGGUCAAUGGCAGUAUUAAAUAUUAUCUCUCCGCUUAUAAUUUUUGUCAGUCCUAUUAAAAAGCAAGACAGUUUACACAGCAGCGCUUGUUACGCAAAUUUGACGUUAGUGGAAAAGCUGCAACUUUGGCAUUCUAUGUCAAACGAUUAG